AUGGACGCACAGACCGGGCGCGCGGGCUGUUGCUGUCUCCUUCUUCUGGCUCUCGCUGGGGCUACUCGGAGCGAGGGCGUGCAGAGCUGCGAAGAAGUUCGGAAACUUUUCCAGUGGCGCCUGGUGGGAGCUGUCAAGGGGCUGCCGGAUUCGCCGCGGGCAGGACCCAAUCUUCAGGUUUGCAUAUCCAAAAAACCUACAUGUUGCACCAGGAAGAUGGAGGAGAGAUACCAGAUUGCGGCUCGCCAAGAUAUGCAGCAAGUGCUUCAAACAUCCAGCUCGACACUGAAGUUUCUAAUAUCGCGAAAUGCCGCGGCUUUUCAAGAAGCCCUCGAAACUCUCAUCAGACAAGCAGAGAAUUACACCAGCAUUCUCUUCUGCAACACCUACAGGAACAUGGCCCUAGAGGCUUCAGCCUCAGUUCAGGAGUUGUUCACUGAUGUGGGGCUCUAUUUAUUUGGUGCAGAUGUUAAUCCUGAAGAGUUCAUAAACAGAUUCUUUGACAGUCUUUUCCCUCUCGUCUACAAUCACCUCAUUGGUCCUGGCGUGAGGAACAGUUCCCUGGAAUACUCAGAAUGCAUCCGGAUGGCCCGCCGGGAUGUUAGUCCAUUUGGUAAUAUUCCCAAAAGAGUAAUGGGGCAGAUGGGGAGAUCACUGCUGCCUAGCCGCACGUUUCUGCAGGCGCUGAAUCUGGGCAUCGAAGUCAUCAAUACCACAGACCAUCUGCACGUCUCCAAAGAGUGCAGCAGAGCCCUCCUGAGGAUGCAGUACUGCCCUCUCUGCCAGGGCCUGACUCUCAGUAAGCCUUGCAUGGGGUACUGCCUCAACGUCGUGAGAGGCUGCCUGGCACACACGGCAGAGCUGAAUCCGCACUGGCAUGCCUACAUCCGGUCCUUGGAGGAACUAUCAGACGCCAUGCACGGAACAUAUGACAUUGAACACGUGCUCCUGAACUUCCACGUGCUCGUUAACGACGCCGUGAUGCAGGCUCACCUCAAUGGACAGAAGUUAUCGGAACAGGUCAAUAAGAUUUGUGGCCGUCUAAUCAGAACACCUACACAAAGCCCCCGUUGUUCUUUUGAUGGAAGCAAAGAGAAGCAUGGGAUGAAGAUCUCUCCCAGAAACGAUGAAGAGACACUUGCCAACAGAAGAAAAGAAUUUAUCAACAGUCUUCGACUGUACAGGACGUUCUAUGGGGGCCUGGCUGAUGAGCUUUGUGCUAAUGAAUUAGCUGCUGCUGAUGGACUGCCGUGCUGGAAUGGGGAAGAUAUAGUAAAAAGCUAUACUCAGCGUGUGGUUGGAAAUGGAAUCAAAGCCCAAUCUGGAAAUCCCGAAAUCAAAGUCAGAGGAACUGAUCCCGUGAUAAAUCAAAUUAUUGAUAAACUGAGGCACGUUAUUCAGUUGUUACAGGGUAGGUCACCCAAACCCAACAAGUGGGAGCUCCAGAUGGGCAGUGGCGGUGGCAUGGUUGAACAGGUCAGCGGGGACUGUGAUGAUGAAGAUGGUUGUGGUGGAUCAGGAAGUGGAGAAGUCAAGAGGACACUAAAAAUCACAGACUAUUCCGUUACCAAUCUCACAGUUCUUCUCAAAACUGUGUCUCUUCAUGUUGUAGAAUCUGAGAUAUUGUACCUCGGAAGUGCUAGUUCCUACUUUUUCGGGUCAGACAAAAGCUUUACCAUUAAUUACAGAGUUUGCUCUUUAUCUAUUGCUAAGCGUGAUGAACUGGUGACUGCGGAAGUUCUGUGUCCUUUGGUGGAGCGGCUUAUGCUCACCAAACAGAAUCGUCAUGGUUGUUUCGGGAAGCAAGCGCCUAGAGACAAUGGGCUCUUGAGCUGCUUGGAAGCCUUACCUGAAGGCGGCCUUGGACCUUCCCUAUUGCGUUGUGGUUCUGGGGCUCUAGGGUGUUGUCCAGGCAUCGUUAGGGUGUAA